CUCUUUGCAAAAUCCAGAUCUGAGGCUUAUUUCUUAAGGAAUUGCUGGCAGCAGCCUCCUGACAUUUCACAUCUUGAAUGUCCACAGAUCUGUGGAGUCUGUGUAUAGGAGUUACUUGCCAUAUAAGAGUGCAAGAGGUCCACAAUGGCAAGUGGGGUGGUUCCUUUGCUCCCCUGGAAUAGCUCCUUUUGCUAAGAAGGCAAAGGACAAUGGGAAGAAAUACUGCAAACUCCAAAGGAAGGAAAACCAGUAGAGGUUUUCUCUGCAUCUGGAAGCAGUUGCUGUGUAUCCCGGGGCACACGGAUAUACUGAGAGGUGCAUAUACCAUGCCCAUGCUGCGCUUGGUGCUUAUUAGUGGGUGGUAACCGUGCAGUGUGUGCGUGCUUGUGUUCAGAUACGUUGGGUGUUGUGCUGACUGCGAUGUGUGCGUAUCUUUCUGAUCCACACAUCUACUCGUGCCCACAGGGUCUCUGCAUGGGAGAUGGCAAUGACUCAAUGCCUUCAGCUCCCUAAUGAGCGCCAAGUCAGUCCCACCAUGCACACUGGCAUCAGAAGGGCAGCGUGGCUGCAGAUCUCUUUCCUUUUGAGCUGAGCUACCCCUUCUUCUCUGGUUGCAUGUGUUGUCUGACUGCUGCUGCCUGAUCUCCCGCGUCUAUCUGUGCAUCUCUGAGCACGGGGAGCAGAAGGGCAGCACCUCUGGAGCGCUCAAACCCCAGCACAUCCUCCAAGGCCCUGACCCUCAGCAUCCAGAGGGUCGGGAGAGAACCGCGACCGGUCUCCUCGGUGGCAGGUAUUACCUGUGAAGUGCUGGCUCCGGGGCACGUCUGUGGGGCUGCUCCUCUGAUGUUCCCAAGGCAGCUCUGCCCCUUUCCCUGCACUUGGCAGCAGUCAUUUGCUUUCCGGAGGCAGCUUGGUAUUAAAUAUCCUGUCUGACACAAUAAUGGAGACAAAAUGAACAAAUUCCAUUAGCGGCUGGCGAUCCCUGCAGGGUCUGCGCCGGAGCGAGGAGCGAGCCUGUAUUUUUAGAUAGAAUGCAAUGCAACUCACUGGCUCUCUGAAAGCUGGGGAGUAGAUAACCAAGGAGGGAGAAGGGGGACGUGAGGCUCAGGUUUCAGCUCAAGUGCCGGACUAUGGCAGCACGAAAGGGCAGGUCCGGUCCAGACGUGGCUGCCGAUGCUGCGACCAGUUUCUUGAGAGCUGCAAGAUCCGGGAAUCUGGACAAAGCCUUGGAUCACCUCAGGAAUGGGGUAGAUAUUAACACCUGUAACCAGAAUGGGCUGAACGCCUUGCAUCUGGCCUCCAAGGAGGGCCACGUGAAGAUGGUGGUGGAGCUGCUGCACAAGGAGAUUGUUUUGGAGACAACGACCAAGAAGGGGAACACAGCUCUGCACAUCGCUGCCCUGGCUGGACAACAGGACGUGGUCCGGGAGCUGGUGAACUACGGGGCCAAUGUCAAUGCACAAUCACAGAAAGGCUUCACACCCCUCUACAUGGCAGCGCAGGAAAACCACCUGGAAGUUGUCAAGUUCUUGCUGGAAAACGGAGCCAACCAGAAUGUAGCCACAGAGGACGGCUUCACACCACUGGCUGUGGCUCUGCAGCAAGGGCAUGAGAACGUGGUUGCCCACCUUAUCAACUAUGGGACGAAGGGGAAGGUCCGCCUGCCCGCCCUGCACAUCGCAGCCCGCAACGACGACACUCGCACGGCCGCCGUGCUGCUGCAGAAUGACCCCAAUGCCGACGUCCUCUCCAAGACUGGAUUUACCCCCUUGCACAUUGCAGCCCAUUACGAGAAUCUCAGCGUGGCCCAAUUACUGCUGAACCGUGGCGCCAGUGUCAACUUCACACCCCAGAAUGGGAUCACUCCCCUGCACAUAGCCUCGCGCCGGGGCAACAUCAUCAUGGUGCGGCUACUGCUGGACCGCGGCGCCCAGAUAGAGACGAGGACCAAGGACGAGCUGACCCCUCUCCACUGCGCAGCUCGCAAUGGACACGUGCGAAUUGCAGAGAUCCUGCUGGACCACGGCGCUCCCAUUCAAGCCAAAACCAAGAACGGCUUGUCGCCGAUGCACAUGGCAGCGCAGGGCGACCACCUGGACUGCGUGCGCCUGCUCCUGCAGUACGGCGCUGAGAUCGACGACAUCACCCUGGACCACCUCACGCCGCUGCACGUGGCCGCGCACUGCGGGCAUCACCGCGUGGCCAAGCUGCUGGUGGAGAAGGGGGCCAAGCCCAACUCCCGAGCGCUGAACGGCUUCACACCCCUCCACAUCGCCUGCAAGAAGAACCACAUCCGGGUAAUGGAGCUGCUGCUGAAGACGGGAGCAUCCAUUGACGCCGUCACCGAGUCUGGCCUGACCCCCCUGCAUGUGGCCGCCUUCAUGGGGCACCUGCCCAUCGUCAAGACCCUGCUGCAGCGUGGAGCCUCUCCUAACGUGUCCAAUGUGAAAGUGGAGACACCCCUACACAUGGCAGCCAGAGCUGGGCACACGGAUGUGGCAAAGUACCUGCUGCAGAACAAAGCCAAAGCCAACGCCAAGGCCAAGGACGACCAGACCCCUCUGCACUGUGCUGCACGCAUCGGCCACACUGGCAUGGUCCAGCUCCUGCUGGAGAACGGCGCCGAUCCCAACCUGGCCACCACGGCGGGGCACACACCACUGCACAUCACCGCCAGAGAAGGGCAUGUGGACACGGCCCUGGCCCUGCUGGAGAAGGGGGCCUCACAGACCUGCAUGACCAAGAAAGGAUUUACCCCUCUCCACGUUGCAGCCAAGUACGGCAAGGUGGACGUGGCGGAGCUGCUGCUGGCACGCGAAGCUCACCCCAAUGCAGCUGGGAAGAACGGCCUGACCCCGCUGCAUGUGGCUGUGCACCACAACAACCUGGAGAUCGUCAAGCUGCUGCUUCCCAAGGGGAGCUCCCCGCACAGCUCAGCAUGGAACGGGUACACCCCCCUGCACAUUGCUGCCAAGCAGAACCAGAUGGAGGUGGCCAGGAGCUUGCUGCAGUACGGGGCUUCUGCAAACGCAGAGUCCAUGCAGGGAGUCACCCCCCUGCAUCUGGCAUCCCAGGAGGGGCACGCGGACAUGGUGACACUGCUCUUCUCCAAACACGCCAACGGCAACCUAGGCAACAAGAGUGGCCUCACUCCUCUCCACCUCGUGGCCCAAGAGGGACAUGUGCUGGUUGCUGAUGUUCUGGUGAAACACGGAGUCACAGUGGACGCAACGACCAGGAUGGGCUAUACCCCACUGCAUGUGGCCAGCCACUAUGGGAACAUCAAGCUGGUGAAGUUUUUGCUGCAGCAUCAGGCUGAUGUCAACGCCAAGACUAAGCUCGGCUACACCCCUCUGCACCAGGCAGCACAGCAGGGCCACACGGACGUGGUGACAUUGCUGCUGAAGCACGGCGCCUCUCCCAACGAGAUCAGCACCAAUGGCACCACUCCUCUGGCCAUCGCAAAGCGGCUGGGCUACAUUUCGGUCACAGACGUGCUCAAGAUCGUCACGGAGGAAACAGACAUCCUGUCUGUUGGUGACAAGCACCGCAUGAGCUUCCCAGAGACUGUAGACGAGAUUCUGGAUGUGUCAGAGGACGAAGGCACUGCUCAUGUCACAGUAAUGGAGGAGGAGCUGAUGGUGCCAAAGCCCAGGACACCAGAUUCCAGGGACCAGGAGGGCAAGAGGGAGAUGCUGGAGUUUGUGACUACAGCGACACUGGACCAAACGAUGGAGUUUCCAGCCAUCCCGCAGGUCCCCUGCGUCACGCCUGAGACUGUGGUGACCAGAGCAGAGGACACUGAGCAGCCUUCCAAGGAGUUCGAUGAGGACUCGCUGAUCCCCAGCAGCCCCGCCACGGAGACCUCAGAUAACAUCAGCCCCGUGGCCAGCCCGGUGCACACAGGGUUCCUGGUGAGCUUCAUGGUGGAUGCCCGCGGCGGGUCCAUGCGGGGCAGCCGGCACCACGGGCUGCGCGUGGUCAUCCCGCCCCGCGCCUGCGCCGCGCCGACCCGCAUCACUUGCCGCCUGGUGAAGCCGCAGAAGCUGCCCGGGCCCCCUCCGCUGGCUGAGGAGGAGGGUCUGGCCAGCAGGAUCAUCGCCUUGGGACCCGCCGGUGCCCAGUUCCUCAGCCCUGUCAUUGUGGAGAUCCCACACUUUGCCUCUUAUGGGCGCCGAGACCGGGAGCUGGUGGUGUUGCGCAGCGAGAACGGCUCUGUCUGGAAGGAGCACCGCAACCGCUAUGAGGAGAGCUACAUGGAGCAGCUGCUCAAUGGCAUGGAUGAAGAGCUGGAGAGCUUGGAGGACCUGGACAAGAAGAGGGUCUGCCGCAUCAUCACCACCGACUUCCCUCUCUACUUCGUGGUCAUGUCACGGAUUUGCCAGGACUGUGACAUGAUCGGCCCCGAGGGAGGCUGUUUGAAAAGCACACUGGUGCCCAUGGUCCAGGCCACCUUCCCAGACACGGCUGUCACCAAGCGAGUGAGGCUGGCCCUGCAGGCGCAGCCCGUGCCCGACGAGCUGGUGACAAAGCUGCUGGGGAACCAAGCAACCUUCAGCCCCAUCGUCACGGUGGAGCCGCGCCGGAGGAAGUUCCACCGCCCCAUCGGCCUCCGCAUCCCACUGCCACCGUCCUGGAAAGACAACCCCCGAGACAGCGGCGAGGGUGACACCACGAGCCUGCGCCUGCUCUGCAGUGUGAUCGGAGGGACAGCCCAAGCCCAGUGGGAAGACAUAACAGGCACCACGAAGCUGAUCUAUGAAAACGAGUGUGCUAACUUUACCACCAACGUGUCUGCGAGGUUCUGGCUGGCCGACUGCCCGCGCACAGCCGAGGCCGUGCACUUUGCCACCAUGCUGUACAAGGAGCUGACGGCCGUGCCCUACAUGGCCAAGUUCGUGGUGUUUGCCAAGAUGAACGAUGCCCGGGAGGGCCGGCUCCGCUGCUACUGCAUGACUGAUGACAAGGUGGACAAGACUUUAGAGCAGCAUGAAAACUUCACCGAGGUGGCCCGCAGCAGGGACAUUGAGGUGGUGGAGGGGAUGCCUUUGCAUGUUGAGCUCUCAGGGAACCUGGUGCCCGUCAAGAAGGCCACUCAGCCCCGCACCUUGCUCUUCCAGUCCUUCAGGGAGAACUGUCUAGCCAUCCCCAUCAAGGUUCGGGACAGCAGCCGGGAAGCCAGCGGUUCCCUGUCUUUCUUGCGCAAGGCCAUGAAGUAUGAGGACCUCCAGCAUGUGCUGUGCCACCUGAACAUCAGCAUCCCACCCUGCAGCAAGGGAAGUGGCAGUGAGGAGCGGAGGAGGACGCUGACGCUGUUGUCUCUGCGGGAGCGAUACAGCAUGCUAAGUGAGACCAGUUUCGGCUCCCUGAGCAGCACGGACAAGGCAGACCAGAAGAUAGUCGACAUAGCAGAGCAAUUGGGCCUCAGCUGGGCUGAGCUGGCACGUGAGCUGCAGUUUGGGGUGGAUGAGAUCAACAGGAUACGCGUGGAGAACCCCAACUCCCUGCUGGAGCAGAGCUUAGCCUUACUCAACCUCUGGGUCAGCCGCGAGGGCAAGAGUGUCAACAUGGAGAGUCUGUACACGGCGCUGCGGAACAUCGACCGCGGCGAGAUUGUCAACAUGCUGGAGGGCUCCGGGAGGCAGAGCCGCAGCCUGAAGGGCAGCUGGCGCUACACGGAGAGGGACUAUUCCCUGUCACCAUCCCAGAUGAAUGGUUACGCUUCGCUGCAGGACGAGCUGCUGUCCCCUGCCUCCCUGCAUUACACGCUGCCAUCCCCGCUGCGCGCCGACCAGUACUGGAAUGAGGUGGCCAUCAUGGAUGCUAUCCCCGUGGCUGCCACCGAGCAGGAUGCCCUGAUGGAGAUGUCCGACAUGCAGGUGUGGUCCUCGGGGCUCACCCCCUCACUGGUGACUGCUGAGGACUCCUCUCUGGAGUGCAGCAAGGCUGAGGACUCGGAUGCCACAAGCGAAGGCCGGUUCCCAGGGCAGCUUCUAGCAGAUGCGCAUGGCCCAGACCACAUGGGCUCUAUGGACCUGGUUGAGGAUGACACAGUGGACUCAGAUGCUAUGAAUGGCCUGAUUGACCUUCUAGAGCAGGAGGAGGGGCAGAGGCCAGAGGGGAAGAUACCAACCGGUGAUCGCCAGACAGAGACUGGGGAACAAGAACCGGAGAGUGAAGUCUCUUUUGUUUCAGUUCAGCAGAAGGUGCAAGCCAGGAUCACAACAUCACCUACCAUUACCCACAUCAUGGAGAGGAGCGAAGACAGGCUGAGGGACUGGAAUGCAGAAGGCUCCUUUAUCUCCUGCCUACAGGACCUGACAGAGGGCUCCUGGCAGGAGGGGGUCACCCGAAGCCUGCUCCCAGCGCACACCACGGCCUCCGGGGCACAGGGCCAGGAGCAAGAGCAGGUCCUGGUGCCGGCCGUGGAGCUGAUGCGGGUCAGCUCCACAGAGGACAGCGACUGGCAGCCCCAGCACCCCACAGGCAGCUGGCAGGAGGAGGCAGACAGCCACUUCUUUGGGCAAGUGAGGGGGAAUGAAGUCCUUCACCUCCCUGGAGAGCAGGUGACGGAGGAGCAGUUCACGGAUGAUCACGGCAAUAUCAUCACCAAGAAGGUCAUUCGGAAGGUGGUGCGUCAGCUCGGCCCCGGUGACACGCAGGAACAGGAGGAGCUGAUUCUGGAGGGGGACACCCAAGACCUGGAGGCUGAGGACGAUCACUUCAUGAAGUACCGGGAUGGUCUGGGUGCCAUCCUGCACCGGGAUGGUCUGGGGGCCAAGGAGGAGGUGCGAACGCGUGUCCCGAAACCGGAGUUCUCCGGGGGCAGGAUGGGGGCUCAGAUAGUGAAACGAGCCAGCCUGAAAAGGGGGAAGCAGUGACCCCUCAAAUGGCCUCUUUUGAGGAUCUCACCUCAACACCAAACCACUGAACUCCACACACGUUCUGACACAUACCUGAGGAGGGAGGAGAGGAGAACAGAGAGUGGAGGGGAGCAGGGCUGGCUGUACAUGUUUCUAUAGGCUAAUGGCAUGAUUUCUGUAUGAGACAUACUUACCGUCCUAUCCGCAUGACUGACUGACUGCAAGACGCAUGAGCUACAGUACUUAAAAUGGACGGAGGGGCCUCCGUCCCUGCCCCGCUGCUGCCAGAGCCCAGAGGCAGCAGCACGCACCCGGGGCAUCCUCUCAGCUCCUCUGGGAGGCAAGAGCUGGACUGACAGAAAACGAGAGGUGUGUAAAUGCAUCCCUGUGCCCGCGCUCCAGCUGCAAGAGGGAAGCUGGGGCAGCACGGAGCUGCUCAUCACGAGGAGAGGGGCUUCACCCCCACAUCGCCCGUGCUGCCUCUGCUGGACUCGCUUCUCAUCCCGCUCAGUGAGUGCUGGGUUUGGGGGGGAGCAGAUGCCGGGCUGUGCGAGCAGAGGGGUGCAGGGAGCAACAACUGCCCUGGGCAGAGGGGCUGGUGCAGGGCUGCCCUUCCGCUCCCCAGCACAUGCAACGUCUCCCGCCAGGGCAGGGCUCUGGGCUGAGCACUGAGCUCGUUGCUUGUGUUGAAAGUGUAAACUGUACAGCAAUCAGCCUUGUGUAUAUGAACCAAUAAAUACUAUGCAAACCCCUA